AUGGCUUCAGGCAAUUUCUUCAAGGCAGCGCUUGACAAAGGCGCAGGGCCGAGCCUCGGAUAUUGGCAGAUGAUGCCCAGCACCAACAUCUCACGCAUGCUCGCGCAGACGCCUGGCUGUGACUGGGUGUUGAUCGACUGCGAGCACGGUGAUCUUGACGAUCGAGAUAUGCGCCAGUGCGUCCCGGCCGUUGCAGCAGCUGGCGCAUCGCCGAUUGUGCGGAUCCCGAGUACAGAGCCAUGGCUCAUUAAGCGGGCGCUGGAUGCUGGCGCGCAUGGAGUGGGAGACCAAAUUCUCGUUCCCCUCCUGCAAACAGCGCAAGAGGCUCGCGAUAUCGUAAAGGCCGCCAAAUUUCCUCCCAUGGGCAACCGUGGUUUCGGCAGCCCAUUCUCCAUGGAUCGCUUCAAGCCCGUCCCUACUUCGGAUGAGUAUCUACAACAGGCCAACGACAGUCUACUAACCCUCGUUCAAAUCGAGACAAAGUCUGCUUUGGAUAGUCUCGAAGAAAUUGCAGCCGUCGAAGGUAUCGACGUAUUAUUCAUUGGCCCUUUUGAUCUCGGUAAUAGCAUUGGAUAUCCGAUCCUCAACGGUGUUGUGAAGCCAGAGCUCAAGGCUGCCGUUAAUCGCAUUCUUGAAGUUUCGCGUAAGGCGGGGAAGAAGUGCGGUAUUUAUUCUUCAUCUGCGGAGCAGGCCAAAGGAUAUGUCGAGGCUGGAUUUGAUAUGGUUCAUGUUGGGACGGACUUCGCGAUGCUGCAACAGGCUACGAGAUCUGAGAUGGGUACUGCUCAAGGGAAGGAUUUAGGAAAGCGCGUAGGCUAUUAA